UUGAUAAUUUCGAAAUUUCACAAGAUGGUGUGUGAAUGAUAUUGAAUUAAAUUUAAGCUACACCGUAAAACGUGCAAAGACUGCUGAGCUUUGAAAAACUGUGUAACGCGAAGGACGUUAGUUUAUCCUCAACCAGUUUCGUUACAGCCCUUCGUUUAACGUUAUAUAAUAAAUAUAGCCGAUACCAUAUAUAUGUAGGCAUGCGAGCAAAACACAGUGAGGAGCGAGCCGGGCAGCACAUGGAGAGGUCCACACUUGCUUAUUAAAGUACGCACAACGUAAACAACAGAACGAGUAAAUUUUUAUGUUCUUCGUCAGUCUCUGCGUGUAGGAAUUCGUUAUAACAACGCUGGUGUAGAUUGUUCGAUUACCACAGGUUAAUUGUUAGUGAAAUUCAAUCGAAGAAGAUGGAAUCCAAUGAUACACUUGAUUGCUCUAUCAGAGUUAAAGAGGAGCCUAGAGAUGUAAUGCUCAGUGAAAAUAAUUGUGAUAUAAUUGACGAGAACCAAUUAUUACCAUGCCCACGAGAAAAUCUAACUCAUGCGCUUCGAAAUUGUGAUGUAAAUCAUGAAAAUAAACUGGGUGACAAAGUGAAAAUAAUUUUUGAAUGUGAAAAUGUAAAGCCGAGUGUGGAUUUGUUGUUAGCAGUCAACAAAAUUGACGAUGAUUUCCAAUAUCACUUGCAGAAUAUAAAAGCUAUUAAUGGUUUUGAAACUAGAGACACAAUUAAAAUAAAAACUGAGGAUGAAAUGAAGCAGGAAUUUUUCGGUGAAGUUGCAGAAGAAUUGCAUUUAAACUGUCAACUCGGUGAGCAAAAUCGAAAAAAGAGUGAUACAACAGAAUUAGUGAGCAGUGAUAACACCCAAAAUUGUAAUAACAGUAGAAAUACAUUUCCACGAACAAAAAAUCUAAAACGACGCCACAUCAACACGAUUCUUAAUAAGAAGAGGUUUACAAGAUGCCGAAAGACAUUAGCUCUCUACUCGAGUUACGCGUCUAGAAGCAGCCGCUGAUAAGACGUUACUGAGCACCGCUGCAUGUAAUGUCAAUUAGGUAAAAUUCUACGUAAACACAAAUAUCGCCAGUCACCGAAGAUUGUCUUUUCGACUCUUUUCGAGAAACCCAUUUGCUUAUAUAGAGG